AUGGGAGCCUCGGAAAGCACCGGACGUGGUGAGAAAGAGGAGGAAACUAAUACAUCCGCUGGAGGUCCCAAUCUYGGCGCCGCUGCAGUAGCUAUUGGCAGCGCUGCGGUGGCUGCAUGGGGCGUUUCAAGAAUGCUUUCCGACAACAGAUUAGAGCCUCCCCUUUCCUUGCCUAAUUCSGGUGGCACUACUUCUUCCUCUGCACCUCCACGUCGGUUCAAACUGAACACGGACGGUGCAUGCCAUCCCAACCAUGAAUAWGUUGACGGUGUUUUGCGAGGUCCGAGUGGGUACGCCGGAAUCCUUCAAGACGGUUGUGGCAACUGGGUUCUUGGGUUUCGAGGGUUCAUUACUUGGAGUGAUUGUUUCACGGCUGAACUCCAUGGGAUUCUUAAAGGCUUGGAGCUUUUGGAUAAACUCGGCUAUAAGGAAUCCAUUCUUGAAAGUGACUCUCAAGCAGCUGUUCAGUGGGUUACUGGAGAGGAGGAYGUUGGCCCUGGUAAAAGUCGUGUCGUCGGUGACUGCUGGGAGCUGAUCAAGAAAAGCAGGCAUCUUGUUCGCAAAAACGGAAUUACAAUCCGUCGCUGUUCUAGAGAUGCCAACAAAUACGCUGAUAAGUUGGCGAGUGUUGCGAUUAAACAACGUGACCCAUAUGUGGAAUUCACAGAUUCUCAGUCUCAAUUUCUUGUUUCUUUACUGGUGUAA